AUGGAUAUGUUAAGCUUCAUACAAAUAAACGUGGAUAGGUGCAGAGCUGCACAUGACAACCUCGCGCAAACUACACAAGAGAGACAAAUUGACAUAGUGUUAGUUAGUGAACCAAAUCGGGCUCUGGCGAGUAAAAGCGGAUGGUACUUGGAUAGUGAGAGUGAUGCUUGCAUUAUUGUGAGGAACAGAAAUCUGAAGGUGACCUCCUGGGGAAAGGGCAAAGGUUUUGUAUGGGUGAAGAUAGACGAGCUUUUCAUUUAUGCUUGUUAUAUAUCGCCAAAUGUCCGCAGAGACAUCUUCGAGAAGUUUCUCCAGGACUUAGAGGAGGACGUCGAAGAUGACAGAGGAGCGAUGCUGCUGGAAUGGACGAUGGUAAAUGAAAUUACAAUCUCUAACAAGGGCGAUACCCCCACUUUUCAAAGAGGGGCUAGUGUCUCUUUCAUAGACAUCACGAUGGCUGGGGAGAGUGUCAGCUCAAGCGUGGAAAAUUGGGAGGUUCUAGAUGAAGAAACUUUUAGUCUCCAUCGUUACAUCUUCUUUACGGUGAAAUAUAAGGGAAAAAAAACAGUCAGAGGGGCUGGUCCUCUGGGGGGUGGAGGAUGGAUGAGUCUUAUUAGGGAAAAUGCGAUUUUUAAUGGAGAGCUGGUGUCCGUGGAAAACGUGGUUGCGGAGUUGAAAGAAAUUGCUCGGAAUACGGCGGUCAACAUAAGUACGGUGGGAGGAAACCCUGUAUACUGGUGGACGCCUGAGCUGGCAGAAGAGAAAGCUAUGUUAAAUGCGGUUAGAAGGCGUGUGCAGAGAGAUAGAGAGAGAGGAACUUUGGGUCCAGAGGAGAUGGAAAGAAAGUAUGAGGAAUACAGACUUUUAAAAAAUGCAUACAAAAAGAGCAUCAAGAUUCAGAAGGACAGGUGCUGGCAGAAGCUGCUAAAGGAUUUAGAUGAUGACAUAUGGGGUGAAGGUUUUCAAAUAAUGAGAAACGCUCUGAAGAUAAAGCCACCUAGGGUUGACAUUGGAAAGGAAAAAGGAGAGAAAUUGCUAGAGCAUUGUUCCCAAUGA